GUGGACGUGCAGGCCACAGCCAUCCUGGCCGUGCCAGGGCCGUUUGAGAACCCGAGGAUUCCGGGCUUUCUCAUCUCCAAAGCCGACGGGGAAGCCUUGCGAGCGCAACUGGAGGAUGGGGAAGAGCUCCAAGUCGCUUGCAGCUGGUCGCCAUUGGAGAUCUGGUUCGGACUGCCCAAGGAGUCGCCGAAGGCCAACGACAGCCUGCUCCUUACGAACGUGGGGGACGAGGACAUGGACUGGGUCAUCGACGUUAUCGACACCAACGAGACGUUUGGGAAAGAUCCUUUCUACCGAGCAAAGGUGACGGGCGCCCAAGCCGACCUUGCGCAAGAUGUCCUGGGUGAGAGCUGGGACCACCUCACACUUUUCAACGGCACGGUCGAGCUCGACGAUGUGGUGCAAAGUGUGCCGUUGCCUUUCGACUUCCCACACUACCUGGAGUUCUCGGACAGAAUUUUUGUAACGUCCAACGGACUUCUGGGUUUCCACCCCUUCGAUCUCCUCGGGAGCGCUGUGAUCGGAGGCCCGGGGGGGCCCCACGGCUUCAUCGCCGCACCGUGGGCUGACUUCGUCCUGCCGGUGAAUGCAACCAUCUCGGCAGUGUGGCAAAGCACACCGAUGCAGCUCACGAUAUCGUAUCGAGACCUGAUGCUGAAGGCGCAGCCGAGGAAUAAGGAGCCUCCUGUGGGUCCCUUUCACUUCCGGGUGGCGCUGGCCAGCGAUGGCAGCAUCGCCGUACUUCUGGAGGAUUUUCCGACCCACAACAUCUCUUCCUGGUCUUCCGAGUUAAAGCUGGGACUCGAGCCUUCCAGCGGAGCCUUGGCGCUCAAUGUCUCGGUGCCCUGGGACUUGGGCCCACCAUUGGCCAUAUCACUGACACCGUGGCUGCUCGUUAGAGGGCACAGCCGCAUUCCGCCCAACGAGUCGCGGCAGUUGAACUUGUCCUUCGGGCGCGAGGAGGACCUGCAUGCGUGGUUCUUCCUCUAUGCGGAGCAGAGCAUCGGUUCGUGGCAUCCUCGGCGCAACAUCC